ACAUAAAACCCGCUGUCGCGAGCGACAUGUUCUCAUUGUGAUCUUUCCGGUCAAAUAGGACUGUAGAAAGAAUCGAAGUCGAGCAAAGACUGCUUUUGUUCUAUCCCUCUCUGCCCAAAUCGUUUAUGGAAAGAGAAUUCGGUCGUCGUCGAAUUUCUCAACGAUUCUUCGCAGUCGAAAGAAAGCUUGGAAAUGUACCGAUAGGAGUCUACUCUACCGAUCGCGUCGAGUACGAAAAAGCUGCUCGCGAGGGCGCCGUAUACAAUUGUCCGGCGACUUCCUCGGCAAAAUAAUUCCAGCGCUACCGCUGUAAUGCCAUCGGAGACCUUGGAACGAUUUAGAAUCUUUUCUUAUUUUCUCUUCGACGAUGAAUGUACAUGUAUUAGGUAUGUAACAACUGUUCAUGCUGCGUAUCACCAGUUCUAAGCAUGAUUUGAUUUUAUCUUUGACGAGUCACGCGUCUGUAUAUCUGCCACGAAAAUAUGUCAGGAUGUUGUUUUUUCGAUAACGCGUUUCCGCUAUAGCGAAAACUAAGAUAGGAUUCCGCUUAUUCGUACAUUUCAAGUCUCGUAAUUUCUGGAAAACGGAUCGUUUCAGAAUUGAACGAAACUACUUCUUUUGUCUCGAAUACAAACGACCGGCACCAAGAAAAAUCUUUUCCAUCGUACAUUACUACUUACCGUAGCCCGUCAACGCCCUUAGCGAUACUCGAGAGCUCCAGCAAUUGAUAAACAGUCGGCGAAAUUUCAACGCUGCCCGUUCUCGGAAGCAUUCCGUCUGCGAAUCACGAUCUUCGCAAGUACGCGCGCACCAAAGCGCCGCCAUUUUUUUACCGACCUCGUAUCAACUUUUACUUUUAUUUAUUCCUUUACUUAUUUGUCGUACGAAUAUAUAACCUUGUUAUCCGAUUAUAAGCGUCAUCUGUGCGUAUGCGUGUUCACGCAACUGCCUAUUUACGGGUACGUCGCUUAGAACAAUCUCUCUAAUGAAUUUCCAAGUUGAGCCCGUAAAAUGCGGAACGAAAAAUGCGGAAAACGAGCGAGCGAAAACGGUCUUUGUGGAGUUGUUUUCAGAAGAGCGAUAUAGGAGUAGAGGCAUAGGCUGUCCCAGUUGCGAGAGCCGAUCUGUAUUCGUAGUAGUAUUCGUAUUCGUAUUCGUACGCGUAGCCGAGUUCACGACACGUCCACCGCGAGGCGCCAGCGCAUUCUGAACGCACGACCGUUUUCCUUGGCUCGGGAGUCGUAUGUCGGCCGUUGCACGGAGCGGAUAUAAACGUUCGUUAUUCGUCGUCGCAACGGUCGUUCCGACUAAGCGACGCAGUCUAUAAUCGUUACACCUCGUACUAUCGCGUUACCAUAAACACAACAGAUUUAGAAGUACGAAUACAAUUUCAGACCCGACGAUAAUAGUUUCUCGCGAGAUCGCGAUUAUCAUUACUACGAUAACGAAAGGGUUAUCAGCGUCGGCGAGAACGCACGCUUCUCUUUGAAUUUAAGAUUGUUGUUCGCGCAAGUAUAGAAAGGAGGGAGUAUCGUCUGUUCCCCCAAUCGUUAUUACGGGUAUACGCAGUCGUUCGCUGUUCUCCGCGUGGUGCGUAAUAUCGAUCACGGAUCGAUCGAAAAAAAUCGCGUUUGCGAUUCGAGGUCGUUGAACCGAGUGGAAUCUUUGGCUUCGAGUGUUUCCUUCGACGCAGCCAGUUGCGGUUAGCGCGUAAUUCCUCCGACGGGAGCGAUCGAGUCGGGGCUUUCGAACGAAACGUCAGUGUCAUCCUCGAGAGUUCGAUGUCGUGUGCAGCGUGCGGGGUGUGCGGUGUGCGGUGUCGAAAAGUGCGGCCACAUCGUUCCUGAAACUAACCGGCCAGACGAAGGGCGAGGAAAGCCGAAUGCGAUAAAUUCCGCCGAUUCCUCCGGACAAGUUUACCGACGGAGAGGAGAAAAAAAUGAUUUUCACCGGCAGAUCGGUGGACGCUCUCGACGAAGUCCGCGGUGGCAACGUUCGGACGGACAACCGCCGAGACGUUAGCGCCGUCGCGAUAGCCGCAGGAUGGUUCUCCAGUCUGCGCAGACCCGGUAAAAGGAACAAAAAGGGAUACCAAAAACAGGCCAAGAGCGCUUGGGACCUCAGUACGUGCUCUACGCAACUGAAAGAUGAGCUGGGCGAAGUGGUGGCCGAGAUGGAGGCAAUGGAGGGCGGAGGACUCGUGGCCGACGAGACAAAGCCAUCCAACAAGGCCAAGCAAACGUCGAUCGGUCGGAAAAAGUUCAAUAUGGACCCGAAGAAAGGUAUCGAGUACCUGAUCGAACACAACCUCCUCGCCCCGACCCCGGAGGACGUCGCCCAGUUCCUCUAUAAGGGCGAAGGCUUGAACAAAACAGCGAUCGGCGACUACCUAGGUGAACGGCACGACUUCAACGAGAGGGUGCUCCGGGCGUUCGUCGAGCUACACGACUUCACGGACCUGAUCCUGGUCCAGGCACUCCGGCAGUUCUUGUGGUCGUUCAGGCUGCCGGGCGAAGCGCAGAAGAUCGACCGAAUGAUGGAGUGCUUCGCGCAGAGGUACUGCCAAUUGAAUCCGAACAUAUUCACCAACACGGACACCUGUUACGUCCUCAGUUUCGCCAUCAUCAUGUUGAACACCUCUCUGCACAAUCCGAGCGUCAAGGAUAAGCCCAGCGUCGAACAGUUCAUAUCUAUGAAUCGUGGCAUCAACAAUGGCGGGGAUCUGCCUCGCCAACUUCUCGUGAGUCUGUACGAAAGUAUAAAGACGGAACCGUUCAAGAUACCGGAAGACGACGGUAACGACUUGAUGCACACGUUCUUCAACCCUGACAAGGAAGGUUGGCUCUGGAAACAAGCAGGCGGACGUUACAAGAGUUGGAAGAGACGAUGGUUCAUAUUGAACGACAACUGUUUGUAUUACUUCGAGUACACCACGGACAAGGAGCCACGAGGCAUCAUUCCACUGGAAAACAUCAAGGUCAGAGAGGUGCAAGACCGGCACAAACCGCACUGCUUCGAGCUGUACGCCGCCGGUUCCGAGUUCAUCAAGGCGUGCAAAACGGACAGCGAGGGAAAAGUUGUCGAAGACAAAGCAUAUCGCAAAACCCGUUCUACGAUAUGCUGGCGGCUAGGAAAAAGAAAGCACAAAAGACCAACGUACACUCGAAGAGCUAAACGUCGCCACGUAGACAGCUUCGAAAGAAGCUUGGUGAGACAAAAGACUGUCUAUUCACGAACCUACGUCGCUGGUUAUGGAUCGUGAAGUACAAUCAAACGAAUAAGCCGCUCGUAGACUCAGCGAAGGAUCGGCGCGUCUGCUGAGAAUCUCGCAGGAAAGGAAGAACUUGACGGUUACCUAUGCGACGGUUCGUCAUCGGCGUAGCUUUCGUCGUAUACGACACGAAGACGAGUCGGGAAACGAGUCACAAAAACGAAGAGAGAGAAAAACGAUGCCAUUGGCUUGAUAGUCGUUCGGUGUUACAUUUUCUAUAAAAAAAAAAAACUCGCUGCGCCUUAGUGGUCUAGAUAGGUAUAUUAUUUAAAGAAAUUCGACGCUAGACUUCGAGUGUUCGAGUUCCCUGAAAUGCAAGGCGCUCAACUUAUUUUAUGCGUUCAAAGCCAGAGAGUAAACGAAAGUAUCGGGCGAGCACAAGAUCGAUAGAUACGAGAAACGACGAUGACAACCAUCGAGUUUUUCUAUCGUCGUGUUUCUCCGUCGCUCGUUAAAUCCCUAGCAAAGUAUAGCGCGUGUAUCUUACCGAGAAAUACUACCGUACGAUCGAUAUUCCUGCUGUGAUUGGAAACGAGAGAACGAAUCGGAAAGAGUGAAAUCUUUCGUGUUUCCUGGCAGCUUUAGACGAUUAACGAAGCUUCGUUCCGAAUCACUUCGAGAUGCGUGAAAUAUUUAUUUUGCACAGAUUAUUCGUACGUAAAUAUCGUUUCACGUGUAUUCCAUAGAAAACGAGAAAUGAAAAUUGUAAAAAGAACGAAAGUGUAUCGUGGGAUAAAAACUCGUGUCUCUGUUGAACUCGCGAGAAUUGAAUCGGUAAGACACGUGUGUUAAUGUGAUAGUCGUGUAUUUAUUUGAAAACAAAAAUGAAACUUAUACGGAUAAGGUAGGUAAUAUGUUUCCAUAAUAUUCCAGAAUUGUUCUGGAUUGCACAUUAUCGUACAGUUUGCGAAUAUGGUAUGUUCAGCCAAUUGCGGGACUGUAGAUUAAAAAACGACAUAGUUUCCUUUUCGUUUAAUGUACAUAUAUAUAAAUAUAUAUAUAUUGUGUGAAAGUGAGUGCGUGCGUUCGUGUGUGUGUGUGUGCGCGCGCGCGCGUGCACAUAUUGCAAUAUAUUAAUAGUUGUGUUAGAAAUGAAUAGUAAUUUGAUGAAAUCCAGUUAAUUAAGAGUCUGCCUCCUGAACAAUAUUUACAGUCGCCUGACAUACAUUUCAUCAUAAAGCAUAAUCGAGAUCCAGUAAAUCUUUCAUAUGUUAAAAAUUGAAUGCUGAAAAGAUUUAUCUAUGUUAUUCAAAGUAAACGAAGUUACACAGA